GCCUGUCCCGGGCGGCUCUGGUGUGUGCGGGGAGCCGCGGGGCUGCGUGGUGGGGGAGAUGCGCGCGAGGCGGCUGCGGCGCGGGGGCAGCCGGCAUCUGGCGGGGCUGCAGGCAGAGUACAACGUUUCAAAAUGCUGGAGAUUAUGUGGAUGAAGCUAGAGAUUACGUUUAGCGUGAUUGUGUCUUCAGAUGUUCUGCCUCUGCUAAAAGAUUGAGCUAAAAGAUUUUAUAAAAAUGAAAUCAGAUACUUUCAACGAUCUCCAAGUUAACCGUGUCCAGUGAAUUCAGAGAAGGCUUUCUGAAGGAGGAAUAGAUUCAUCACAUACGUGGACUUCUACUAUUUCUCAAGGAUACACUUCUUUUUUUUUUUUCAUUCUAAAAGACUAUCUACAUGCAAAUGAGUCUGUAUUUAAAAUAUGACCCUUUAAAGUAACUUGCAGUUGAAGUUAUUUUACUGUUUGCCUUGCACAGAAUGAAAGGGAAAUUUAAGUUUUACUGACCAGGGGUGUUCUACUGAACUAAGAGAGGGAAAAUUGCGUUAUCCCUGUUUUCAUUUCAAACCGAGAACUGACAACAUAUUUUUCUGAGAAUUUGACUACUAGGGAGAUCUCAACAGAGUAAAGCAAGUCAGAUGUCAGCAAACGACUCCUCUCCCCCAUCCUUACAGAAGUUUUCCCCACCUAUGUGUCAUGCUGCUGCACCACAAACCCCAACUUUGUCUUCAAGUCCCCAGUCGGGGCUCUCCAGCCGGCUCUCCAAUGGCAGUUUCAGUACCCAGAGCCUCACCAACUCCCGGGGCUCUAUGCAUGGGAUCUCCUUCCUUCUGCAGAUCGGCCUCACUCGAGAGACCGUCACCAUUGAAGCUCAGGACCUGUCCCUCUCUGCUGUUAAAGACCUCGUGUGCUCUGUAGUUUACCAGAAGUUCCCAGAGUGUGGUUUCUUUGGCAUGUAUGACAAAAUUCUCCUCUUCCGUCAUGACCUGAACUCAGAUAACAUUUUGCAACGAAUUACAUCAGCAGAAGAGAUACACGAGGGAGAUCUUGUUGAGGUUGUUCUCUCUGCUUUGGCUACAGUUGAAGAUUUCCAGAUUCGUCCUCAUGCACUUUACGUGCAUUCCUACAAGGCUCCUACUUUUUGUGACUACUGCGGAGAGAUGCUUUGGGGUUUGGUACGACAAGGAUUAAAAUGUGAAGGUUGUGGGUUAAACUACCAUAAGCGAUGUGCCUUCAAGAUUCCAAAUAAUUGCAGUGGAGUGAGAAAGAGGCGUCUGUCUAAUGUCUCUUUACCAGGAGCAGGGCUUUCAGUUCCAAGACCAGCACAAGCUGAACAUACAUCCUCUGCUUCUGAAGAACGGUGUUGCCCAGAACCUAGUAAGAGGAUUCCUUCCUGGAGUGGCCGUCCCAUCUGGAUGGAGAAGAUGGUGCUUUGCAGAGUGAAGGUCCCCCACACCUUUGCUGUUCACUCUUAUACUCGUCCCACCAUAUGCCAGUACUGCAAACGUCUUCUUAAGGGCCUUUUCCGCCAAGGAAUGCAGUGUAAAGAUUGCAGAUUCAACUGUCACAAACGCUGUGCAUCUAAAGUACCUAGAGACUGUCUUGGAGAGGUGACUUUCAAUGGAGAACCUGCUAGCCCAGGCCAGGACUUGGAUAUGCCAAUGGAAGUUGAUAGCAGUGAAAUGAACAGUGAUGGUAGUCGAGGUGUAGAUGAUGCUGAAGAGCCCUCUCCUCCAGAGGACAAAAUCUUCUUUAUGGAUCCUUCUGACCUUGAUGCAGACAAAGAUGAAGAACCUGUCAAAACCAUCAGUCCAUCAACAAGCAAUAAUAUUCCUCUCAUGAGAGUUGUACAGUCAAUCAAGCACACAAAGAGGAAGAGCAGUACAAUGGUGAAGGAAGGAUGGAUGGUCCACUAUACUAGUAGAGAUAAUUUGAGAAAAAGACAUUACUGGAGACUGGACAGCAAAUGCCUCACACUAUUUCAAAAUGAAUCUGGAACAAAAUAUUAUAAGGAGAUUCCACUUUCAGAAAUUCUCCAGGUGACUCAGCCUCGAGAUUUUUCAAACAUGGUGCAGGGCAGCAACCCAUACUGUUUUGAGAUCAUCACUGACACGAUGGUGUACUUUGUUGGUGAAAACAAUGGCAGCAGUCAUCACAGUCCUGUUCUUACUGCCACCGGAGUUGGACUUGACGUAGCUCAGGGCUGGGAGAAAGCCAUUCGUCAGGCUUUGAUGCCAGUCACCCCUCAAGCUAGCGUUUGCACUGCUGCAGGACAAGGAAAAGAUCACAAGGAGUUGUCUCUAAGCAUCUCUGUAUCAAAUUGCCAAGUCCAGGAGAAUGUGGAUAUCAGCUCUGUGUACCAAAUAUUUGCUGAUGAAGUGCUGGGUUCUGGUCAGUUUGGGAUUGUGUAUGGAGGAAAACACAGGAAGACUGGAAGAGAUGUGGCUAUCAAAGUCAUUGACAAGAUGAGGUUUCCAACGAAACAGGAAAGUCAGCUUCGUAAUGAAGUAGCCAUUCUCCAGAAUUUGCACCACCCUGGGAUUGUGAACCUGGAAUGCAUGUUUGAAACCCCGGAACGUGUCUUUGUUGUGAUGGAAAAGCUGCACGGGGAUAUGCUAGAGAUGAUUCUUUCUAGUGAGAAAAGUCGACUUCCAGAGCGAAUAACUAAGUUCAUGGUCACUCAGAUACUUGUUGCUUUGAGGAAUUUACACUUCAAGAAUAUUGUGCACUGUGAUUUGAAACCUGAAAAUGUACUACUAGCAUCAGCAGAGCCAUUCCCUCAAGUGAAGCUGUGUGAUUUUGGCUUUGCACGUAUCAUUGGGGAAAAAUCUUUCAGGCGCUCUGUGGUGGGGACACCUGCUUACCUUGCCCCUGAGGUACUCAGGAGUAAAGGUUACAACCGCUCUCUAGACAUGUGGUCAGUAGGAGUUAUCGUCUACGUGAGCCUUAGUGGUACAUUCCCAUUUAAUGAAGAUGAGGAUAUAAAUGAUCAGAUUCAAAAUGCAGCAUUUAUGUACCCACCAAAUCCUUGGAAGGAAAUUUCUAGUGAAGCCAUUGAUUUAAUAAACAAUUUGCUUCAAGUGAAGAUGAGAAAACGUUUCAGUGUUGACAAAUCCCUUAGCCACCCGUGGUUACAGGAUUAUCAGACGUGGCUUGACCUCAGAGAAUUCGAAACACGCAUUGGAGAGCGUUAUAUUACCCAUGAGAGUGAUGAUGCACGCUGGAAAGAACAUGCUUAUGAACACAACCUUGAGUACCCCCAGCAUUUUAUUAUGGCUCCUAAUCCAGAUGACAUGGAAGAAGACCCUUGAUUUAUUCAUUCUGCUAAAUUGCAGCAAAGAAGGAUACUCCAGAAAGAAAGUGAAGAUAAGUUUUGGAACAACUGUUGCUCUUUCUGAAAGCUGUACACGUAGUGGAGUGUACAAAGCCCCAGAGGAUCCUGCGUUGACAUGGGAAUAGACUAUCAUCUGACAAGCUUUUCUGACUUAAACUUUGAGUAGUUACGGAACAGUGGGAGAAGCCCUAUUGGGGAACAUUUCACCAAGCAGUGUGGCUGCAAGGCCGUUACUGAAGUGUAAUGUGUACAGACUGAAUAGUCUGUGUGGUUUUCAAGGUUUGGUUUUUUUGUUUGGAGUGUUGUUUUGUUUGUUUUUUUCAUAGCCUACACAAUAAGAAUUUUGUAAUGGUUUUCUAAUCGCUAUUUACUAGGCCAUAGAGGAUUGUGUUCUACUAUUUAGAUACAUCUCCCGUUUCCUGAACUGUGCAUGGUGAAAAAAAGCCUGUAAAAAAAUCAGUACAGAAUACCAUAGUUAAUAGCAAAACAUGGUGGUUUGGGUCCAAUACAGCUUCAUAGAUGAAGAAAUAUGUUGCUGCUGUUAAGACAUUUAAAUAUGUAUCUCUUUGCCCUAAUUGAACUUUUUCCAGAUACCCAGAAAACCACAUAAUUUCUUACAUUCCUUUUGAAAUGCUAGAUGACAAAGCUGUGCUAGUCCUUUAUUUUGUCCAUUAAAACAAAGCAAUUAAGCCACAACAGUUUGUUGCUUUGCAAAGCAGGCACAUGCCAUUGAUGCACACCAAAGGCAUUUUGCCUUAAAAACUACCCAAGUAAUGGACAGAGAGCACACAAGACUUGAUGUAGCAUAUCCUUUCACUUUGGAAAAACAGCUUCUGGCAGAAGGAUGUGGAAAACUAGGGAAAAAUACGUUCAGCUUUUCUUCUGUUGCUUUAAGUAAUUAGAUUUUUUUUUUCUAGCAAUUUGUUUUAAGAUUCUUAAAUCAAGAGUAGUUUGCAGCCUACUAGCUUGUAUUUUAACUGUGCUCAAAGCUAGGAGUGAGUAUUAAAUAACCUGUUGCUUCUGCCAGGGCAGCUGGAUUGUAGGAGAAAGGGCUUUGCCUUCUGACCUUACCCUGCAGCCCCCUAUCCUCUUCACCACCCUUCCUCUCUCCUAGCACAGGCUUUUCUCAGUAGUGUUGUUUGAGCUGAAUGAAGAGUCCAAAACCAACUCCUGAGAUGCUUCAGUUGAUGAAUUCCCAACCACUGAUUGGAUUUGUGGCACAACAGAGCAGAAGCAGUGGUAUUCUGUGGAAGUUAUUCCCUCAGAGGACAGUGGAACAGUUAAAGUUCAUGGCAUUUCAAUGAAGUUUGAGGCCAUGAAUGCUAAAUGCAAAUGGAAGAGGAGUUUGAGGGUGUUUAUGGUCCUAUUAAAAGAAAAAAGGAAAAGGUGAAGUCUUUCCUUGUGAGAGAUAACAGCAUUGUGCUGCUGGAAGGUGCUGAAUGGCUGUAUAUAUCCCUGAUGUGCCAAGCUGCUGAACUGGACCUUGAUGUGAAGUAACUUUAAAAAAUACUGAUACAGGCUUGAAUUACAAAGUCAGUGAGAGGCUUUAGUGUAUCUCCUCUCUCCUACAAAUUGAGGUGGGGUGAGGUUUUUUUUUGUGUGUGUAGAUAAUUAUUUUUUCUACUGUUGUUAUUCUUCAGGUAAGGAAUCAGGUGAGCAGACUUUUUCUAAGCUGUUAGAUAUACACAGAAUUUUACAUGACUAUUUCAGGGCUGGCAGCUGCUUGCAAUAACAGUGACCUGGCAGUAAAGUCAGUGGGAGUUGGUGAAAUAUGUACCCACAGAUAGGUUUGGGCCUUUGACCCACCUUCUUUUUUUUCUGCUGCCCUUAAUCUCCAAUUUUGUUGGUGUCAAAGUGGGUUCAGAGUUCAGUGUCUGAACUCUGGCUCCUGUCAGGGUCUCCCAAACUCUGUACAAAGCGUUGGUACAGUCCCAGCGCAGUUUCCACCUCAGGACAGGUUGGAGCAGGGACAGGCCGCUCCGCCCUUCUGCCCAUCCCCUUACUUUCUCCCAGCAAGUGUUCUAAGGUUUGUCCUGGGGAUGUGCCAUUGGCAGUGCCUCAUUCUCCCAGGGCAGUGCUGGCAAGGCAGUGCAGGGGAAUCCAGAAGGGGCAGAAGUUGUCCCUUAGGCCUGUCCUGUUAAGGUGGAGUUUCAGGGCAGAUUCUUUAGAGGGGCACAGCUUUUCAUCUUUGGAAGCAGAACAGUCACUGAUGCAGUUGGUAGCCUGGUGUUUUCCCAGGGAAGCAGUGCAUUUUUUAUUUUUUUCUCCCAUCUUCCACUGCCUCUGACCAAAUUCCAGUGAAGCCAUUACCAUCUUCCACCCUCGCUGUAAUCGUGUAGAUACAGCCUGGUUUUAAACUUGCCCAUUUCAUACUUGAGCUGUCUCUUCAGAUUUUCCUGUGGUGGUUUUUGUCUGAUUGUGUUUGAAGGGAGGAACUAAAGCCAGGUCAGGCACUUGAAAAAGCACAAAAGGAGUAGAGGAAGGAGAGGACAACAAAGAAGUACAAUGCCUGGCUGAUGUCUCUGCCCCUAAAGUCUGCUCUAACAUACUACAUGAGCUAUUUAUUCUUCGAGCUAUAUUAAAAACCACAAACUUUUGGCCUUUGGAGGAGACUGCCUGCCCACAUACCCAGACUUAGAGAGCCAGACAGUAGAAGCUGCAAGCAGCCAAUAGCUGAGGAACCAAAACAAUCAGACACACAUUAGGAGUAAACUUUCUUCAGCGUAGUAAAAAUAGCUGAGUUUUUAAUUCCCUUUUUUUCUACUUUUACUGCAAACAUUGACAGCAGUAGGUUACAGUGUUUAUAAUCUCCCUACCCCUAGAGGAACUAAGUUUGCAUUCAUUCAGUAGUGCUACAAUGAUGCUAGAAAAAAGCGCAUGUAAAGUUUAUAGCCUCGAAAGGACACUGUCAAGUACUGUUAUAUUUUUAUACAUCCCAUUGUUUGUAAAUAUCCUCUGAUAAGCUUGAAAAUAAAAUUUAUUUCCCUAUCA